AUGAAGAUUUUGACGGUGGUGUACGCAUUAGCAUCUAUUAUUCUAAGAGUAGAGCUAGUUCAUGGCUGGAGUACAGGGCAUGCUACAUUUUAUGGUGGGAGUGAUGCCUCUGGAACCAUGGGUGGUGCCUGUGGAUAUGGUGAUAUGUACAGUGCUGGAUAUGGCACAAAUACUGCAGCUCUAAGUAGUGCAUUGUUUAACAAUGGAGCGGUAUGUGGAGCUUGCUAUCUAAUUAUCUGUGAUGCUAAAAAAGAUCCUCAGUGGUGUCUCCCUGGUACAUCCAUUACAAUCACUGCCACAAAUUUUUGCCCACCUAAUAAUGCCCUGCCAAAUGACAAUGGAGGGUGGUGCAAUUUGCCUCUUCAACAUUUUGACAUGGCACAACCUGCCUUCCAGCAGAUUGCAAAAUACAGUGGUGGAAUUGUACCAGUUAUUUAUAAAAGGGUUCGUUGCAAGAAGACCGAGGGGAUCCGUUUUAGCGUAAAUGGGAGAGACUACUUUGAGCUAGUGCUGAUAAGCAAUGUUGGGGGAAGAGGAGAUAUUACUGCUGCAUGGAUAAAAGGAUCAAACACUGGAUGGCAACAAAUGAGCAGAAACUGGGGAGCAAAUUGGCAAAGCAAUUCAUAUUUGACCGGGCAGAGUUUGUCAUUCAAAGUGAAGGACAGCAAGGGGAGAAUUCUCACCAUGAACGAUGUGGCUCCUUCCAAUUGGCGAUUCGGCCAAACAUUUUCUUCCUCUCAAAAUUUCAGAUGA